UCGGUCCUUAUUUAAAAAAAUACAUUUUUCAGAUGAAUUUAAGUAUAACCCUAGCUUUAACUGACUUUGAACAGCAUCAAGAUAAAGAAGAGGAUAGAAUGCUGGACAUUGAUGUCCAUUCCUUCAUUGCCUUGGACCUUAUGAAGAAUAUAAAUGUUUCUGGCAGAAUUGAGAUUGAGGCUUCUUUAGGUUUAAUCUUCAAGGGUACAAUUUUCUCUCUGAUGAUAUUACUUACUAUGUGUGGAAACAGUCUGGUUCUCAUAGCAAUAUCUAACAAUACGGUCUUGCAGCGGCCGUGUAACUUUUUUCUUGCGUCACUUGCUAUUGCGGAUCUAGGGGUCGGUUCCUUAGUCAUGGUGCCGAGUGCUAUAGAUGAAGUAUUUGGAUGGUGGCCUUUUGGACCUUUUUGUUGUCAGCUUUACAACGCUAUGGAUGUUACCUGCUGCACUGUUUCUAUAUUACAUCUGUGUGCUGUUAGCAUUGACAGAUACUAUGCUAUAGUGAAGGAACCUUUGCUUUAUCAGUCGAGUGUGACAAAGUGGAGAACUGUUUGUCUGCUCAUUCUAGUCUGGGUUAUGGGACUUCUCAUAGGUUUUGUCUCAGUUUUUAGUGGAAUGUACACAACAGAUACAGUAUUAGAUAAUAUAUAUGAAAACCCACAAGAAUGUCAUUUUGAGGUUAAUAAGGUAUAUAGUGUUGUGGCAGGUGGGGUCUCAUUCUGGCUUCCGGCCGUUCUAAUGGUUUACAUUUAUAUUAGAGUAUAUAUGGAAGCAGUCAAAUUAGAUCUGAAACAUAAUGUAGUAAAUAACCUACAGGUUCAUUUACAUGAAAACCAGACUUUUAAUCCUCCAAUCGAAACCAGAAACAGCAGCGAAACUGACAUUGGGUCCGGCAUGAUGCUCUCCCCCAGCGGAAAUCACACGUCGGCUCAGCUUUCUUCGUCCAUGUCGCACCUCAACCCACGACUUGGAGAGGUUUCAAGUUCUAUGCUUCAAAUUAAUCUCAACAGUUCACAUGAGCUUUCAUCAUCAGGACAAAGAACAAACAGAGCCAAUGAACGACGGAAGGAAGUUAAAGCAGCAGUUAGUUUAGGAUUCAUCAUGGGUGGCUUCUUGGUGUGCUGGCUUCCUUUUUUCAUAUGGAUGCCUCUAGUUCACCUAAUGGAGAUUGAAACACCCCACAACCUAUAUUUGUACAUACAAUGGAUAGGAUACUUCAAUUCUGGUAUUAACCCUGUUAUUUACGGUCUCCAUCAUCAGGAAUUUAAGCAGAUCUUUGCAAGAUACUUUCUCUGGCUACGACGUAAAAUUUGUUGUUUAAAGUGCUUGCGAGAAGCUAGCUCUUCGGUUGAUAUACAACCUGGUUUCAGUAUGCAGGACAAAUGGGUCUAAACUCUUAAAAACACAAAGAAAAAUGUAUCUUAAAGAAUUUUCAUAUAUUUUUCUCGAAUUUUUUUUUAAUAUUUUUGCACUCUUUUAAGGUAUUGUUCGAAUUAAAAUCAUAAAGAAUAAAUGAAGAUUUGAUAUUCUGAGUUUUGAGCUCUUGAAGAAUAAUUUUUAGUUCAACUAAUCAAACUCUAUUAAUUAUUAUAUGAACUCUUAAUGUGCAAUGAAAUUAAAUUAUAUAUAUCUACUUUAUUUUUACUUUCAUCACGUUAAAAAGUUUUUAAGAAUAGAAAGUUUGUAAAUAAAUCAGCGUCUAACAUUUUAUUGAAUCGAACAAAGAACUUAUAUUCUAUGAAUCCCUUAAUAGUUAUUUUUUGGUGUAGCGGACAAUUCACAGU